GCUCGUAAACGCUGCAUACGUGCAGCAGCUAUUGAAAACAAAUCGGAAACGCGAAAAUAUAAACAACCAAUUUAAAUUAAGUAACAACCGAUAAUGGAAAACAAUACUCGCGAAACUUGUGUUGAUGAUCCCGAAAAAAACACAAAUUUCGUCAGCUUAUCUGCACGCUUGCCGUCAACCGACGAGACCGCUUCAGAAACCCAACUGUUACAUCAUCUUCGCUAGAAGCCGAUAUAAACGAUCGCGACUUGACUGCCGGUAUUCAUUCACUUGAUCGCUGUGACUUGUGACUGUACCUCCUCUGCCUUAGCGCCUUUACGACCGUUUUCGGUUUCCAACGCCUUUUGUCAAUCCACUUGUUUAUUUUUCUCGUCAGAGAAAUCUGAAAGCUGCUUACUAACUCACUUUGAGUAGUAACGGUCACCGAGCUUUUACUGAGCUUUGAGAAUUAAAGAACUAAAGUUGUUUGGAAGUUCUGAGCUUAAAUCGUCGAGUGUAAAGAUGUCUCAAACAAUUGAUUACAAUUAUUUCGUGAGUGCCCAUUCUUCAAGAAGAAGACCGGCUUUAACCAGAGAGCUGACUAAACAAAUGUACAAUGCUCCAAAGGAGUCCAUUUCUCUGGCUGAGGGUAUGCCCAACGAGGUCACCUUUCCUUUCAAGGAGAUCAACAUCGUACUCAAAGAUGGAUCCCAAUAUAGCCUACAAGGAGCCGUUUUGAACUCUGCUCUCCAAUACAUCCCUACUCAAGGAUAUCCGCCACUGGUGAAAACACUGAAACAGUUCACCAAGGACAUCCAUAAUCCUCCAAAUUGGGAGAAUUAUGAAACGCUGCUCACCAACGGGUCCCAAGAUGGAAUCAGCAAGUCGCUGGAGAUGAUUGUUGAGGAAGGGGACAGUGUUCUUGUGCAGAAUCCUCUUUAUACCGGAACUGAGAUUAUCCUGAAACCGUACAAGGUGAACUUGAUUAGCAUCGAGCAAGACAAGUACGGCAUCAUUCCCAAACAGCUGGUGGACGCCCUGGAGAACUGCAAAGCCAAGUACACUGAAGAAGGCGGAGGGAAGAUGCCGAAAGUCUUAUACAUCAACCCAACGGGCUCGAAUCCAACAGGAAUUACUAUGUCAACCGAAAGGAAGAAGGAAAUCUACUCAAUCUGCUGCAAGUACAACAUCAUCAUCCUGGAGGACGAUGCUUACUAUUUCCUGCACUUUUUGGACAAGCAGCCUGAGUCAUUCCUGAGCAUGGACACGGAAGGCAGAGUGAUCAGGUUCGAUUCGAUGUCAAAGAUGCUUAGCUCUGGAUUGAGAUUAGGCUGGCUGACCGGACCAAAGCAACUGGUGCACUACAUCGAGCUGCAUGUGCAAAGUUCCAUCCUUCAUUCCAGCACUUUAUCUCAGGUUCUCCUUGAAGAGCUUUUCCAACAAUGGGGCACAUCCGGUCUUCUCGCCCACUUUGAAUCUGUAAGAAAUUUCUACAAGGGUAGAUGUGACUUUACGCUUGCUUCAAUGAACCGCUAUCUGAAAGGACUCUGCGAAUGGGAGAUACCCACUGGUGGAAUGUUCGUAUGGAUCAAAGUCCAUGGAGUGUCUGAUGUAUACGAUAUGCUCAUGACAAGAGGCCUGAAGAAGCACAUCACUUUCGUCCCUGGACAUGCGUUCAUGGCCGAUCCUACCAAAGCUUGCAACUACAUUAGAGCUUCGUUCAGCAAGGCUUCUUUGAAGCAAAUCGACAGAGCCAUGAAGCUACUAGCUGACUUGAUACGGGAGGAGCAUCAAUUGUUACGCAGGAAACUCGAGGAUUUAGAGAACAACAUAAUAAGAUAGAAAUAGUAGUAGGAAAAAUAAGAUUUGAAUGAUACCUAUGAAAGGUUUGAAUUACACCUAGGCUAUCGCCAGGUGAUGUAAAUACGUUUACUUUGGAUUACCAGAGGAAAUAUAUUGAUGAUUUAGAUUGUACAAUACGGGAAACCAGUAAUUGAUUAAUUUGAGAAUCUUGAAUGUGUGGUGUAAAUUACAAGUUUGAGUACAAGUUUUGUUCUAACGAGUAAUCAUGGUUGAAAGGCAAUUAUUUUCGACUGCAUAGUAAUUUUCGGACAUAUCGCGCCAAAUCUGGAUAUCUAGAGCAAAAACAAGAAUAACGCAGAUUUUUUGUCGUCAUAUCAGUAUUAUGCAACCAAGAAAUGGUUUAAAAUGAGUAUUAUAUUUUUUCUGUAUAUGUUUUAUAUAUGCAGUUUUAUUGGUUUUUAUAUAUUAAUAACACAUGUUAGUCUGUUGGAACAAAUCUUGAUUCGUUAUUUGAGAUUGCAAGAUAACCUGAGAUUGGUUGAAACGCUGCAUUUAUAAGAUCAAUAUGUUCGAAUUAGAUUUAGGAUUACUUUUUAAGUGGUUUUUAUUUGUGUGUGGUUAAUUGUUUCCUUGUAAUCAAUAAAGUUUUUUUGGUGUGUAUA